AUGUCUGAGCUGACCCCAUCAACGACUGACACGGGGCAGCUCGGAGGUCUGACUGAUCAGGCAGCCUUAUUCGCCGGUGAAGCUUUCCAGAGUUACCGAGGCCCUGACGACAAUGUGGACACUGAGUCUGAGACCGGUCCUGAGAUUCUCAACUUCGGAACUACCAAGAGAAGCGAGGGCAAGGACCUAAGCUCAGGCUAUUGGUAG